AUGGAAACUGAAUACAUUAGUGGUCUUCUUAUUAACUUUGUUAUUCAGGUAAUGGAUGUGAACAAUGCUAACUUUGUUGCUAGUGAUAUAUCGAAAAAGAAUAAGCCAAAACUUGUUUGGGAUAAUACUACCUUUAUGGUGUUCAUUGAUUUGUGCAUGAAUGAGGUUAAAAAUGGGAAUAGACCUGGUAGUCACUUCAAUAAGCUUGGGUGGGGAAACAUAGAGCAGAAGAUUAAGAAACGGACAAGAAAAUCUUUUGACAAGAAGCAACUUAAAAACAAAUGGGACACUACUAUGAAGAAAGACUGUAAGUUGUAUGAUCGUUUAAUGAUGAUUGAAUCUGGCAUUGGAUGGGAUCCCGUGAGAAAGACAAUUGUUGCAUCACUAGAGUGGUGGGACGAAAAAAAUAAAGUGAAAUUUGCUAAUAAGAGCCAUUAA